AUGUCGUUGGUUAAAGAAGGAGGUUUAAUGACGUUUCAAGUUCCGGUUUUGACUCCAACGAAUUAUCCGGUGUGGGGAAUCAAAGUCAAGUUGAUUAUUGAUGCAUACGACAUAUGGGAGACGGUUGAAUCGAGGGUGUUCAAUGGAAGAAUAUCUCGGAAUAUGAUUGAUCAGCAAAUGUAUGAUUGUCAAGUUAAGAAGGGAAUGGACAAACAACACGGUGUAAACAUUAUGGCGGUGGAAGUUCAAAUCGGAUGGCUUUGGAUCUGGCCCGGGAGAGGUUGUGAGUCUGGGAAAAGUCAAGAUGGUAAUGAACGUAUCGAACGGGAUUUAAUGGUGCAUGUUAUGUGUGUUGUGAACAAUCAAAAUGUAUGGAAGACUUUGGACGUGACCGAGGUGGAGGUCGGGUGCCGGGGAAAGGUCGAGAAUCGUGGUGGUUGUUGCCUUGGUAAAACAGGUUGUUGGAACAAGGUACAACAGGAUUAUGUAUGGUUCGAUGAUGAUGAUAGCAGGUCGAUGGUGAACAAAGGUUGUGAAUGUGGUGGUGUUCGUUGGUGGUUAAUGACAGAGAAACACAGUUGCCGAUUGACUGACGACUACGGGGAGGAGGCUGUGCCUGGGAAGGAAGUUGCACCAACAAAAGAUGUUGCGAUUGAAGAUGAGCAGUCGUCAAAGGGAAGAGGGGUACGACAUUUUUUUUCUUUACAGAAGAACUACCGAUUUUUUUAG